AUGGGGGACGUCUAUGCCGAGCAUCAAAAGCUCGUUGCCCUCAUAGGGAAAAAGAACUACUCAAAUGCGUUGGCGCAAGGCAAGCAGAUGCGUGCGAAAUCGAAAGUGAAGGGAGCCAUGGACAAGGAGAACCAAGACGUGCUCUCCUUUCUCUGCCUGUCGCCCCUUGAGGGUGAUUCACCAGAGAUUGCUACGCUCGUCGUUGCCACCAUGCAUGGAGCGAUGAGCUGCUGCACCAAUUUGCUGUCUUCCACUCCUGGGCCGAUGUUCAAGGAACUGGAUGAAAUCAGCGGGCAGGUGAAGUUGUGGCUGGUGCACCUGCUCAAGCACAAGGCGGACAAAGCCCGUAAGUACUUGGAGGUCAUCUGCUAUGCCCUACGCCAGGCAGCGGCCGUCGUUGAGUCGGCCGACUUCGUAGCUCGCCACCCGGCCUUCAACGCCGACGGAGCGAAAGCGCUGCAGCUGCGGCGACGCACCGUCGACCUUCUUCUCGUCGAAAAGGAGAAGAACACCAGCGACAGCGGCAAGGUGGUGGUCACACCGAGCGUGGUCGCCUUUUGCAAGGAGGUAACGAAACUAUGGGGCAGCAGCAAGGCGUCGGAUCAGUUUGGCCAGCUUGACUGGCUGCUCUACUCGGCCUCGCUUCUUCAGAACAUAGCGGAGCACUGCCAGGACGCGUGGGAGCUGCUGGACGGACGCGCCAAGCCCAUAUUGUCUGAUCUCGACGACGAAGACCUGCUCACGCCAUACUACCGUUCUCUGGCGCACGUCCAGCUCGCUUUGCUCGGCCUUCGCCUCAUGCGAACGCAAGGCCUCAAGUUGACGCUCAAGAUCAAGGAAUGCUUGGCAGUCGCCCUGGAAUCGGCUGGCUCGGCAUUGGACGAGCUUCCGGUCGACACGGAUCAGGCCAAGCUGGUCUAUGGACUGCAGUUGAGGCUAGGCGAGGCGCUGCACGAAUUGCGCAAAUAUCUGUCCGAUCACGUCACACCUCCUGCGGCGUCGCUGUUCGCCUAUCUGCGAAAGUCGAGCGAUGGAACAGAGGUGAUCAAGCAGCUCGCGCUCGCGAUGCGCAUGCUGUCCCGUUGCGCGAGCCAGGGCAGCGAGUUGGACGCAAACGGCGCUGUGCCGGCAACGCUGCCGGCCGGCAUCACCAUCAAGAAUUUUGAAUCUCUACGCUCGUCGCAGCUGGCCGGAUUGGAUCUGGCCGCGCGACUACUGCUGGAGGUUGUUCCGGACACGGCGGACGAGGCAGUCUCGGCGAUGGAGGAAGCCGCCCAGGUUGCGUCCGGUGCCGAGGCACGUCAGCAGUGGCUCAAUGCUGCCCUGUUCAAUAUCGCGGCCCAACUGUUCAAUCGCAACAGUUACGAGGCCACCAUUCGAUUCCUUGACCUCUGUGGCGAGCCCGCGGAGCAGAGCCAGAAGCAGCUUGAGCUCGCGGCCAAGAAGUACCGCCUGCUGGCCCUCUGCUACCACAACUCUGGCGACCAGUCGGUGGAGCCGCACAAGGGGCUGGUCGCGGUCCACAAGGCCAUCGCCUUUGCGGCUCUGUGCGGUGGAUCUGCGGGAGACUCUUCACAGCUCUUCCAACUGCUGGCGCGGUUCAAGCACAACUGGGCUCAACAACAGGAGACCAGUGAAGACAAGCGAGCCACCACCAACAUGAAGAGCAACAAGAGAGCGCGCGGCAGCAACAGCAGCAGUAGUAGUAGUAGCAAAGAUGGAGAGAAGAAAGACGCCAUCCCGAGUCUGCUCGAGUCGCUGCGCGAGGCUUCGCUUCCCGACGGCAAGAUCGCGGACCUGCUGUUCGAGGAGCUCAACGCCUCGCGUGGCCGCAGCGCGGCCGCUCACCUCCUCUCCGUCAUCGCCGACAGCCUUGCCGUUCUGCCGGCCCGCUCCUACCCCUAUCGUCGAGCCAGGGCGUUGGUGGAAGAAGCCCGUCUGCUCAAAGCGCACGGUAGCACGGAGGAGGAGGCGUCGGAGACGAUCAACGGCGGCAGCGAUAGCGACGACGAGAGCAACAUCGUCGCCGGCGAGGAGGAGGAGCGGGAGGGGGACUGCUCCACCACAACAUCCAACGUCUCUUUCUCGUCUUCGUCUUCGGCCGCCGUCAAGCGUUACACGGAAGCUGCAAAGCUGCUACAAGCCAGCGCGUGGGGCAAGGACCAAGAGUUUGUAUACGAGGCCGCGCAUCUGCUCGCGCAAGUGCACGCCGAGCUGGGUCUGGUGUACGCUCAGGCGGGCGAGUCUUCGAGCGCGAUCGCGCACAUGGCGAAGGCCCUGUUGCAGUGGAAGCGACUGUUUGAGGAACACGCCGAGAACAUGCGCCCCGACUCCUUCCCCGAUCCCUCGCGCACGCGGCUCGUGCUUCACACGAUGGUGGACUACCUGCAGCUCUGCGGGAGGCUCGACCACGCGCUGGUCGGCCUGCGGGUCCUGCUUGCCUUUGACGGCGUGCACGCCACAAACGUGAUCAACCGCGAGGUCAUACUGUGGGAAAUGGCGGCCAUCUACGCCAAGCUGGGGAUGCCGCACACUGUCCCGUCGCGUCCCUCCUCCAGCAAGCAGCCGAAGAAGUCCUCCUCCUCCGCCAAGGGCAGUAACGCCACUGCCCCGCUCUCCUCGGCCUACAAGUGCGCGCUGCGAUACGAUGCCGAUGCGGCGGAGGAUGAGGCCGGAUCGGACCCCCAGCUGCAGGUGGCCAGGCAGCUAGAGGGCCACGUCGCCACGCUCCUGGCCCUCCUGGGUGAGGUCGAGUCCGACACCCACAACGCCAAAUACUACCUGGCCCUGUUGGCCAGGGCCAAGACGCUGCUCUCUUCUCUUCGCCUUGCCCAGGGCCGGGCAGUGGAGUCGGCGCAGGAGGCCGCGGACGCAGCCCGUCUGUCGCGCGACGCUCUGGCCCGCGCGGUGCACACCGAAGCGCUGCGAGCUGCCACGCUGGGCUGGGAGGCCCGCGGCUGGCGCGCCCAGGCAGCGGCCUACUGCAAGAACGCGCUCCGCACCGCCAGCCUGCCGCCCUACCAGUCCGCCGCCCUGCACCACAUGCUCGGGCGGCUCCACGCCUUCCCUGGGCGCGUCGACCUCGCGCGCGACCACAUCGCCCAGGCCCGACAGUUCCUCCUGCAGUGCGUGCCCACGACGUCGCACCUGCGCCUCCUUUCGGUUGAUGCUGAUCAUGAGCUGACGGCCAAUGAUAUGAUGAUGGAUUGCAGGGAGGAGAGUGAAAACGACGACGACGACAAUGAAGAGGAAGACGAGGGCGUGGGGAUGCGCGAGGCCGAGUGGCUGCGCGUGCAUCUUCACGUGCUGGAGGGCGACCUGGGACUGAUCGAGGGCGACCCGAAGGAGGCCAUCGCCUGCUUUGGCGAGGCCAAGCGGUGGAUCCUGCGCCUCCUCUCCCGGUCCGCUCUCGCGCUGCCGGCCUGGUCUCCCGAUGGCGGCAGCCCCGUGCCCGCCAUCAUCUGGGAAGCAGCGGCGGAAGACGACAGCGACCACGCAAGCGAUGACGACGACGAGCGGGACGCUGUUAGCCUGCAGAUCCAUCCGCUCAUCGCACAGAUCGCGUCUCGUCAGGGUCAAGCGCUGUUGGACGCGGGCAAGGUCGCCAAGGCCCUGCAGCAGCUUGAGGAGGCGCUCGACCUCCCGCAGACGGCCGAGGGCAAGGCCGAGCUGCUCUACCGGAUGGGUCUGGCCUGUGUGGCCGAGUCGGAGAAGGAGAUCGACGCCCUGUGGGCCAUGGGCCUCACCGCCGCACGCCCCAAACGCGUGGCCCGACGCAAGGGUCGACCAACCGCUGCCGGCACCGCCACUGCGAGCACCACCACCGCAGCCAAAGCCAAGGAAGCGUGCAUGACCGAAGCCCACCGGGUGUCCACGACGAGUCCGCACGUGUCGGCCUACCUGGCUUCGUGCCUGCGCCUCUCGCUCGCCCUCCUGCACGGCCGACCCAACGCCCUGCCCGCCGUCUACUACCUCAGCGGCGCGGCUGGCGUGGGCACGCUCCAGUGGGCCUACGAGAGGGUGACGGUGAGCCGACUCGAGGCUGCCAAGGAGCUCGAAGCGGCUGCCAAACCGGUAAAGACGGCGAAGAAAAAGACCACCGUGACCGCCGCCGCCUCCGGCAGCAGCAGACAACGAAGCAAGGAUCGGACGGCGGAGGACGAGCUGGCCUCGCUCUUUGCCGACCUCUCCUGUGGUGGCCGCGGUGACGUGGCGGACGAGAUCGGCAUCCUCGAUUCGUCGAUCAAGAGCCCGCAGGCCUCGGCGCCCUCCUGGCAGAAGCAGAUCGACGCCCUGCUCCCCAAGGGGUGGACCGUCGUCUUCAUGGGACCGGCCCCCACCGGCAAGCACCUCCUCCUGGCCCGCGCGCGACCCGGCGCAGCCAUGUCGACCGUGCGCAUUCCCAUCGCCCACGAAGGUGGUGUGGAGGCGCUGUUGGGCGAGCACCGCAGCAUCAUCGCGGAGAACGACCAGGGGCUGAACGGGACGCGAGAACGCGGCGAGCAGAAGCGGACCUAUACGGACGACGAGAAGCGGCAGUGGUGGAAGCAGCGACGGGGGCUGGACGCGCGCAUGGCCACCCUCUUCGCCCAGAUCGAGGCCUCGUGCCUGGGCUGUUGGAAGGGCCUCCUCCUCGGCCAACUCAAGGGCGACCUCCACCCCGCCAGCCUCGAAGCGGCCGAGCGUUUGACCAAGGAAAUCGAGGAGGAAUCGGGGCAGUGUGUGGACGAGGCUCUGGUGCAUGCGUGCAUCGCCGCGAGCCCCAGCCUCAGCGAUCAGGACCUCGAAGGCUGCCUCGAGCAUCUCUUCUCCGGCAGCAAACCCUCCGCCGAGCUCUCCCGAAUGUUCGUGGAGCGGGUGCGAGAAGAGUACAAGGCGCUGGAGGCGGAGGGGCAGGACGAGGAGGGCAAGCCUGCCGAGGAGGGGCAGCCGCGGCGCAACGUGAGCCUGCUGGUGCUGGCCGGCUGGGCCGAGGAGCUCCCCUGGGAGGCCCUGCCCUUCGUGCGCGCCUCCAACCAGGCCAUCUGCCGCAUCCCCUCCCUCGCCCUCGCCCUCGCCCGCCUGCGACGAGCCGACGCCCAACCACGCGACGUACUCAACGCUGGGGUCAAUCUGUCGCGCACGCGGUACGUGCUCAACCCGUCGGGCGACCUGGGGCGGACGGAGCGCGAGUUCCACGGGUUCUUCCGGAAGAAGGGGUGGGAGGGCGUGGUCGGGCGGAUGCCGUCGGCCGAGGAGCACCGGGCGGCCAUCCGCGAGGCCCACCUGUUCGUCUACAUGGGCCACAACGGCGGCGAGCAGAUCGUGGGCGGCCGCGCCGGCCUGGCCGACAUCGAGGCCUCGGGCGUGGCCAUGCUCGUCGGCUGCUCCUCCGCCCGACCCGCCCUCUGGGAAGGCCCCUCGGCCGCUCUCAGCUACCUCGUGGCUGGGUGUGCGGGCGUGGUGGGGAUGAUGUGGGACGUGUCGGACGGUGACAUCAACCGAUUCGCGAUGGCGGUGAUGGAGACGUGGCUCGCGCGGCCCGAGCUGUCGCUGCCCGAGGUGCUGCCCCUGGCUCGCGGCGCCUGCCAGCUGGCCAACCUCAACGCCGGCGCACCCGUCUACUACGGCCUCCCCGUCCACCUGGCUUCGCCCUGA